UGCUGGGGGUCUUUGCCGACUCGCUGCCGACCAUCCAUUACUACUCCUAUUUAACCCUCUCCUUCCCAUCCUGUAACUUGUAAGUUGCACAAUCGAUUCCUGGACAAUCGAACCAUGGCGGAUUCCAAGCACGCCCGUAUUGCCCAAUGGCAGGACGAUCCGCUGUUGCCAAACAUGGUCGACCGGCUUGCCCGUGAGAUGCCGGAUGCCGUGUACGGAGAGUGGCCGGUGCUGCCCACUUCGUACGACGCCGGCUUCCACGCCGUCACAUAUGCCCAGCUGGCCAACGCCGCCAACGGGCUGGCUUGGUGGAUUCUUGACCAGUUCGGCCAGCCGAGCAAGACAGGCGAGGUCCUGGCUUACAUGGGCCCCAACGACGUGCGGUUUACUGCUCUGAUCCUCGCCGCCAUCAAGACGGGCUACGUGAUCUUCCUCACAUCCCCCCGCAACAGCGCAGCAGCACACCAAGCGCUGUUCGAUCGCCUCUCAUGUGGUGUCCUUGUUACGCCAGACCCACUGCCUGCUCCCGCCGAGCCGGUCCUUGAGCAAAUCCGGCCCCGUCACCUGCGUAUCCCAUCGAUCGACAAGCUUUUGAACGACAAGUAUCCCGAGUACCACUACGCCAAGUCGUUUGAAGAGGCUCGCUGGGAUCGGAUCUGGAUCCUGCAUACUUCCGGGUCGACAGGCAUUCCAAAGCCCGUGACUUGGACCCACGAGUCGCUAGCACGCCACUGGAACGGCACCGCCCUGGCGGCUCCUGACGAGAUUCGGUCUUUAGAGAGCUCGUAUAUCGGCAAGCGCGUGCUAAACACGUUGCCGCACUUCCAUGGUGGCGGGUUUGGCCAGUACGUUCUCUACGCCAUUCCUUUCGGGAACGUCGUCAUCUCGCCUGCCACUACCACCAUCGCCACUGCCCAGGGGGUUGUCGAGGCCUUGAAACGGUGCCCAGCAGAUAUAGCAGUGCUUGCGCCGUCCAUCGUGGCCGAGCUAGCCCAGAAUCCCGAGCUCCUUGACUACUGCGCCAAGAACUUGGAGCGAAUCCUCUACAUUGGAGGAGACGUGCCGCAGGCCCUCGGCGACCAGGUCGCCGCCAAGGUCCCGCUGUGCUGUCGAUUUGGUACGUCCGAGACUGGGUUUCCUCACCAACUACUUCCAGCCGAACUGGAACUUUCACCCUCCGACUGGAAUUACCUCCGCUUGCAUCCAAAUACUGGCUUUGUGUUUGAGGAAGCCACCGACGGUGUCUACGAGCUCGUCUUCCGGCAUAACGAUUUGCUCGGUACGCAAGUCCAAUUUGCCAUACGGGAAUUCAUCAAUUUUGACAAGGAAUACCGUACCCGCGAUCUGUUCGAGCCGCAUCCGACCGUGCCGGACAUGUGGCGAUGGCGGGCCCGGGCCGACGACGUGAUUGUCUUCCUCAAUGGCGAGAAAACCAACCCCAUCUCAAUGGAACAGUAUAUUGUUACCCACGCCCCUGAACUGAGCGCCGCUCUUGUCCUGGGGGCCCAAAGGUUCCAAGCAGCUCUGCUCGUCGAGCCAGCCGCCGCCAGCGCCGACCGCCGGCUGACGACGGCCGAGCAGGCCGCCCUGAUCGAACGCAUCUGGCCUGUCGUGGAGGAGGCCAACCGCGCGGCUCCAGCGCAUGCCCGUGUGGAAAAGUCGCUGAUUCUGGUUGCGACGCCGCACCGUCCCCUUGUCCGUACACCCAAGGGAACCAUCCAGCGUGCCGCCAGCGUGGCCCAGUACGCGGCCGACAUUGACCGCUUGUAUGCCGAUGCCGAUGUUGUCGUCGUCGAGGAAGAGGCGGCGGGUUCGGGGCUGGAUCCGACUGACGCAAAGGCCGUUCGGCAGUUUGUCCGACAGGCUGUCGCAGAUGUUACGGGCUGGAAUAACGUAGACGAAGCGGUCAACUUGUUUGAGCGCGGCCUGGACUCGCUGCAGGUUCUCCGCCUGACACGGGCGCUCCGCCGCGGGCUGUACCAGCCGGAUCUCGCCAUGUCCACCGUCUACCAGAACCCAUCCGUUGCCCAGAUUACGGCUGCCGUCAUGAAUAGCAAUGAUGCUGUUGUGGAUCAUGGCCAGACGAUGACGCAGUUGCUAUCCACGUACCGUGCCUUGAUCCAGCAGAUCCCAGUCGCGAGCAGUACCAAGCCAAGCCCCAAGGAGCUCUCUACACCGGUCAAUGUCAUUCUCACGGGCUCGACCGGCACUCUGGGUACACUUCUUCUGCAGGCUUUACUUAGCCGUCCGGAGGUUAGUCACGUCUUCUGUCUGAACCGAAGCGCCGACGGCGGACGCGCUGGUCAGGGGGACCGCUUUACAUCCGCCGGAUUUCCCGUUGACACCCUCGACGACGCCAAACGCAUCACCUUUUUGCAUGCAGAUCUCUCCCGGCCAUACUUGGGUCUCGACGAGGAGACGUACGCCUCGCUGCGCGACCGCGCCGGCCUCGUGAUCCACAACGCCUGGCCCGUCAAUUUCAACCUGUCGCUGACCGCCUUCCGCCCCCAGCUGGCCGGCAUGGUGAAUCUCUUUACGCUCGCAAGUCAGUGCCACAUGCGUUUUGUCUUUGUUUCGUCAGUGGGCGCGGUGAGCGGACGCUCGCCCGACGCCGGACCGGCUGAGGAAGCGAUCUACGAGGGCCUGGACACGCCGUUCCGGAACGGAUACUCGCAGAGCAAGUUCCUGGCUGAGCUGCUGUGCGACACUGCGGCGCGGCAUCUGGACCUGUCUGUCUCGGUCUUGCGCGUCGGACAGAUUGCUGGGUCGGUAAACAGUCCCGGCAUGCCGUGGAGCCGCGCCGAGUGGCUGCCCAGUCUGGUUCUUAGUUCCCUCUAUCUGGGUUGUCUACCGGACAACCUGGGUCCGUCGUUUUCUGACGUCGACUGGGCCCCUGCUGACCUGCUGGCCGAAGUGGUCUGCGAUCUAGCACUGACGGGCAGCGAACGAAAGACGGACGGUGCCGAUGUGUUCCAUCUUCGCAACCCGCACACGACGCCCUGGAACAUGCUUCUGCCCGCCAUCCUUGACGCAGCGCGCAGGCAGGCCAACGGGAAGCAAACGCUCGAGAUCGUGUCGCCUCCUGUCUGGUUGGCGCGCCUGGAGAAGAGCGUCGCUGGCAAGGGGGAUAACGACCUGGUUUCGUUGGCUGUUGUGAAUCCAGCCAUCAAGCUCCUGGACUUUUACCGCAACGGUCUAUGGGGCUCGGGCAGCAAUCUCCCAGCUCAGGUUUCCUCGUCGGCCAUUCUAUCGGUCAAGCGGGGAUUGGAUGCUAGUUCGACGUUUCGGAAUAUGCCCGCUGUGAGUCCCGAAUGGAUGCGGAAGUGGGUUGAGGAAUGGGUAGGUACGGAGUAAGGUAAGGUGAAGUAUCCGUAAGUACUCCUUAGUUAUGACUUUGGGCUGCUGUGCUAGUAACGACAGGGGUGUCAAAAGGGGUUGGAGGGGACUGCAUCCGGUUGCUGUAGCAACCAAGACACCGGUAGCCACGAUAUAAACACCAACUGCCUAUGCACAUCAACUGCUUAUUUGGAAGAUGCGUAUGUUAUAAUAACUCACAUGAUAGUUUCAAUGAACCUCUGAGGGCCUCUGCAGUGGAUGUGCAUUUGCUGUGUUAAUCUCUACGAACUCAC